CUACACAAGCCCUGGUAGAGAAUCCAAGUGGCAGGUGAAAAUGAAGUGAACGUGGUACACUCCCCGAAACUCCUCCACUCUUCUCCCGCAUCCUCUAAACUCGUCGUUGACACUCUUCUCUGCAAAUCACCACUCUCUCUCCACCACCGCAACCAUGUAUCGCACGGCGGCGAAUCGCCUCCUCUCCCACUCUCUCCGAUCACUCACAACCACAAUCAACAUUCAUCCUUCUUCUUCUUCAAUUUUUACUUCUUCUCGUUUUUCUACUUCCUCUUCUAAUCCCUCCUUUUCUUCCUCUAACCCUAACCCUAAUCUUAAUCCUCCUAAUUUUAAUUCUACUCAAUCAGAAACCCCUAAUUUCUCCGACCAUUCUUCGUCCUCUCAAACGACGUCGUCUUCGUCUUCGUCAUCUUCAUCGGGAGAAGAACCUCGCUCUACUAGACGCCCUGUUGUGGAGUACGAAGAGGAGCAAGCUCGUGUUCUUCAAGCUUCUCUCCGUCACGUGGAGAAUUUGGGAUGGACUGAGACGGCGAUGUUGGCGGGCGCAAGGGAGAUUGGACUCUCUCCCUCCAUUGUUGGAUCAUUCCCUAGGAAAGAAGCUGCACUUGUUGAGUAUUUCAUGGAUGAGUGUUUGGAAAGACUUAUUGAUAUAAUUGAGUCUGACACGGAGCUGAAAAACUUGAUUCCCAGUCAACGCAUAUCAAAACUUGUGAGGAUUCGUCUGGAAAUGCAGGCUCCAUAUAUAUCAAAAUGGGCCCAGGCUCUUAGUAUUCAGGCGCUACCAACAAAUGUCCCUACAAGCUUUAAGCAACGUGCUGCUUUGAUUGAUGAGAUUUGGCAUGCUGCUGGUGAUGAUACCUCUGAUUUUGAUUGGUUUGUGAAGCGCACUGUGCUUGGUGGAAUAUACUCCACAACUGAGGUUUACAUGUUGACCGAUAAAACUCCAGAUUUUCGUGACACAUGGGCAUUCCUGGAUGCGAGAGUUAGAGAUGCCUUUGAUUUAAAGAAGACCCUUCAAGAGGCUCAGUACUUAGCAGAAGCUGUAGGUGCAGGCUUGGGUGGCUCAUUUCAGGGACUAGUGAAAGGAGUUUUCAAAAGAUGAUCCUCCUUCAACCUGAAGAAUCACUCAAUAACAUGUAGUUGCAUAAUUAAAUGGAUAUGCUCAAAUUUGAUGAGGCUCUUUGAAGCAACCUGUCCAACUUUUGCGUAGGAUUUAUGACCUUGCCUUGUGUUUCAGGCUACUUGUGCCUUUUGGUAGGUUAAAAGUUUUAUCAAAAUUGCUACAUUGUUGGUCGUUUUGCUGCUUCUGCAUGUUGGUGACCAGAAGUAUGGUAGAGGAUGAAAUUAAGAGAUAGGCUGCAUUUUCGUUUCCAUGUUAUAUCACAUAUUGAAAUUGUUUUUUUUUUUUUUUUGUAAAUGAAUGGAUGAGCUAAUAAUGCCCUCUGUGGUUGGAGUUGAAAAACUCUUGUUUAUUACUCUGCCAGUUUGUGCAGUUUGAUGUAUGACAUUUUUUGUUAUUUAUUUUUAUUAUGGAAGCAACAUAUUUACUUA